UACUCCAACGUAAUCACGCUUUUUGAGAAGCAACAAGCUGCACUUUAGCCAAAUUGGGAGGUACAACAGUGAAUAUAACCAGUAAAUAUUUGAACAGGGAAGAACAAGGACAUUUUGAACACGAAAUCUAACAGUUUGUAGAUAUUGUAGUUAAGAAAACAACUUGAUUUUAGUUUUCUUUCGUAACUAUUCCUUCUUCGUUUUGAAUUCAUUCGUGAGAUGGAUGAACUGCGGCCUAGCAGCGGCGCCGCAGCCCACGGACUGGCGUCGCUGUUUCCCACUGGUCUGCAAGCAAUUUACACGGAGUGCAGGCGGCUGUAUCCUGAUCAGCCAAACCCGCUGCAAGUAACAGCAAUCGUUAAGUAUUGGUUGGGAGGGCCGGACCCUUUAGACUACAUCAGCAUGUACAGGAACGUGGGCUGCCCUGCCCAGGAUGUGCAGGAGCAUUGGCACUAUGUGAGCUUUGGGCUGAGUGACCUGUACGGAGACAACCGCGUGCACGAAUUCACAGGUCCAGACGGCCCCAGUGGUUUUGGGUUUGAGCUGACCUUCAGGUUGAAGAGGGAAGCGGGGGAGACAGCGCCCCCUACCUGGCCAGCGGAGCUCAUGCAGGGGCUGGCACGAUACGUCUUCCAGUCCGAAAACACGUUUUGCAGCGGGGACCACGUGUCGUGGCACAGCCCCCUGGACAACAGCGAGUCUCGCAUCCAGCACAUGCUUCUGGCCGAGGACCCCCAGAUUCAGCCCGUCCAGACCCCCUUCGGCCUCGUCAGCUUCCUGCAGAUUGUGGGCGUGUGCACUGAGGAGCUGCAGGCAGCGCAGCAGUGGAAUGGACAGGGGAUCCUCGAGCUCUUACGCGGGGUCCAUGUUGCUGGGGGACCAUGGCUGAUAACAGACAUGAGGAGAGGGGAGACUAUAUUCGACAUUGAUCCUCAUUUACAACAGGAGAGAGUGGAUAAGGGCAUCGAGACGGACGGGUCCAACCUGAGCGGCGUCAGCGCCAAGUGUUGCUGGGACGACCUGAGCCGGCCCCCCGAGGACGACGAGGACAGCCGCAGCGUCUGCGUGGGCUCGCAGCCCCGCCACCUGACCGACAAAGACACAGAGCAGAUCCGAGAGGCCCUGCGGAAAGGACUGGAGAUCAACAGCAAAGCUGUCCUCCCACCAAUCAGCAACCAGAGACCGAGCCACGACAGAUCCCAACCUUCAAUGGGCCAUUUGCAGAGCCAGCAGACUUCAAGGAGUCGUAAGGACAGUUUGGAAAGCGAGAGCUCGGCAGCCAUCGUCCCUCACGAGCUGGUGCGCACCCGGCAGCUGGAGAGCGUGCACCUCAGAUUCAACCAGGAGUCAGGCACCCUCAUCCCUCUGUGCCUCCGGGGUCGGCUCCUGCACGGCCGGCACUUCACGUAUAAAAGCAUCUCUGGUGACACGGCCAUCACGUUCGUGUCCACGGGGGUGGAGGGGGCUUUCGCCACGGAGGAGCAUCCCUACGCCGCACACGGCCCCUGGCUACAGAUACUGUUGACUGAAGAGUUUGUGGAACAAAUGCUUGAGGAUCUACAGGACCUUAAUGCCAGUGAGGAGACCAAGCUGCCUAAGGAGUACUCCUGGGCUGAGCGGAAGCUGAAGAUCUCCAUCCUGCCGGACUCUGUGUUCGACAACCCUCUCCAGUAGCUGCCUGCAGCUGACUCCAGACUAGCCUUCUCUGACUAAGCGCAGGACUCCACCGCGGGCCCGGGGCUAACCGACGCCAGCCCGGAACUGACUGCCUCUGGCCCGUUAUUUGUGUUGCAGAUGGAUGAAGUAUAUAAUAGAACCUGUUUCUAAAUGAAUCAAGAUGGCCUCCCCCCCACCUUAUAGGUCCCCACCAUCAGACUGAGCAUGCCAGCUCUUGAACAGUUGAGCGUUCAAGAGGCAUUUUCUAAAUGUAUGCUUUAUUGGCUCUCUGUGCUAGCUGUCCUCUCCUCCCCCCCCCAACACCACAGAAAAGGGCCAACCUCAUCCCUCUCACCAAGACCACUGCUCAUCAAGGUGCCACAUAUUACUAAUGAAGCCCAAAGGUUCUUCAUUUGCCACCGGGCUGUGGGAACUGGUUUCAGGAUAGGCCCCCAAAGCUUCCGUUUGGGGAACGGGUCUGAGUAACAGCACAUUCAUAGGUGAAGACGGAGGUGAAUAUCUGUGUCCUGUUUUAGGACUGCCUUAUACACGGGUUGUGUUCAGCUUCAGCUUUCAGUGAAAGAAUCCCAGGAAGAAGCCAGGCCCAUGUAAACAGGAUAAAUGGUGAAAGUGUUUUUUUAUUUUAAUUAUAUUUUUAUUACCACCACACAGUCAUGCCAAAGAUGUAUUGGAUUGGUAGGUCAUCUUGGGGAAAAUCCAUAUCCUGCAUUAUGAUUGGAACUAUAUUGAAAUGUAAUUAAUCAAUCAGUUCAAUCACUAUAUAAAGAAAUCUCACGAGCUGAACCAUCUUUCAGUUCUCUGGUUUCUGUAUGUGGUAAACUUUUUAAACUUUUAUAUCAACCACAGGCACAGGAAGACUGUUCUAUUGUGUAGAAUCCUAUACAUGUUUUAUCAGAUUUAUGUAGAUUCAGUCAUCUACUUAAAAUGUAAUGUCUGGUACUUUAAAUGGAACAACCUAAAGAUGGGCCAAUAAAAGUCUAGAUGUAUUUUCAUUUAUUUGAAAACGAUGUGGAAUGCAUAAUGCUUACAAUGCAAUGGUGUGAAAUCCCCAGUGGCUGUGUGUCUGUACUCAGAAGGGCUGAUGGGAGUCGCUGGGAAUGGACUUUGCUCCCUCUUCAUCAUCCGUGACAGGCCUGUGUCGCGUUGAAGUGUUCACACGAUGCUUUAGUGUGUUUGAAAUGAAAGUUGGAGUGCAAAGUGGAGCUGCCUGCCCCACACAGCCCCUGUGCAUGGGGUUUAUUCUCCUGCCCUUCUGAGUUUUUUCACAAAGUAAUGACAUGCAACCACUUUUGGUUCAAAACUGUUAAGUUGAAUAAGCUCACAAGUGUUCGUAAAUAUUCCAGACUAACUACAUAGACCACACAGUCUGCAUAAAAACAAUGAUGGAGUGAUUAAAUGACGUAUAAUUCUGAGCUCAUAGCAUCUGUCAGGACUUGUAAAGCCUGACGUGUCACACAGUGUAAACGCACCUGGUUGGCCGGUGAUUUUGUUCCCCGGUCAUGAGGUAAUUGUGCCAUGAACCACAAAGUCUGAUUAGGAUUCAGACCACAUCUGUGCCUCUUUCUCUGCAGCUUUUGAUAAAAGCCGAACCUGUUGUGACCAAGGUCCAGUGGUCCUCUGGAUAAAACGCUGUGUAUUCUGCUGUGGCACCUCGUUCUUAAGCACAAUUUGAUACUAAAAGGACCCUUUUUUUAACAUUCCAUUGAUGGGACAUUUUAUACCUUUAGAAAUUGUGAUGCCAUUUUGUGUCGAUUUUUGACUUUUCUGACAGUUUUUAAUCUGUGGUGAAUCUCUGGACUGCCUUUUCUGUAAUCCCAUCUAAGUACAUUAAAAGUAUAUUAUGAGCAUGGCUGGUGUUUUCA